GACUAGAAAUUUUAUAAGGAUUUAGGAAAAGAAAAUUGUGAAUAUUUAUUUGUGAACCAUGUUGCAAUGAGAGACAUAGUUGCAAGAGGGUCUGAGAGAUUUUUUUUUAUUGGUUGUGCAUGAUAGAAUGAAGCAAACGCUGAUGCAGUGUAUUAAAGAGUGAAUUGAGCCUUGUACAACUAUUUUUUCGGAUGACUAGAAAUCUUACAAAGAUUUAGGAAAAGAAAGUUGUGAAUAUUUAUUUGUGAACCAUAGUAUGAAUUUUCUGGACCAUGUCUGGCUGUCAUAUAAAUACAAUAGUGAUUGCGUGCAUCAGCAUGUUAAAGGCGGCAUGAAAUUGGUAUUUGUGCUGUUCGAAAAAGCAUUCAUUCAUGAAUUUACUGGAAUGCAAAAUGUUCUUUUUAUCGUAGUAGAUGAUUUAAGACCUGCUUUGGGAUGCUAUGGAGAUGAAAGAGCUAUUACACCCAACAUAGACCAGUUAGCUUCUCGCAGUGUAAUUUUCAAGAAUGCUUAUGCUCAGCAAGCUUUGUGUGCUCCAAGUCGUACAUCUUUCUUAACAAGUCGUAGGCCAGACAGUUUGCACCUCUAUGAUACUGGAAGUUACUGGCGUGAUUCUGUUGGAAAUUUUACCACUAUACCUCAACAUUUUAAAUUUCAUGAUUAUGAGACUAUCAGCAUUGGAAAGGUUUUUCAUCAUGGAAUUGUGUCUAACAUGACAGAUGACUAUCCAUAUAGCUGGACUGAGUAUCCAUAUCGUCCACCAACUCAAAAGUUUAAAAUGAGGCCAGUUUGUCCAUCGUCUGAUGGUAAGAACCAUAUGAAUUUGAUUUGUCCUGUUGAUGUUGCAAAACAACCUGGUGGAAGUUUGCCAGAUAUUGAAAGUACACAGUAUGCUAUCAAUUACUUAAAGAGCAAGAGAAAAGGACUAAACAAAGACAAACCAUUUUUUAUGGGCAUUGGAUAUUAUAAACCUCAUAUUCCUUUUAAAUUUCCACGUGAAUAUUUAGAUCUUUAUCCAAUAGAUUCUAUGGAUCUAGCUCCUAAUAAUACAUUACCACCAAAACUACCUGAAAUAGCAUGGAAUCCAUGGACUGAUAUCAGAUUAAGAGAAGAUGUAGAGAAUUUGAAUGUUAGCUUUCCCUACGGCCCUCUUCCUGAGGACUUUCAGAAACUAGCUCGCCAAGGUUACUAUGCUUCAUUAUCUUACAUGGAUGACCAAUUAGGAAAGUUAUUAAAAGCUUUAGAGGAUACUGGAUAUGCUGAACAUACUGUCAUUAUUUUAAUUGGAGACCAUGGUUGGUCUCUUGGAGAACAUCAGGAAUGGUCUAAGUACAGCAACUUUGAAGUUUCUGUUAAAGUUCCUUUGGUUUUACAUAUUCCAGGCAUUACAGACAGUAAGGAACGAAAAGCUUUUAAGCAUAUUUCAGUUCUUGAUUAUGUUUCAAAUGAAAACAAAACUAUGUCUGUAAGUAAUAUGAACAUAAGUGCUUCUACAUACGUCCCCAAAUAUGUCACAAACAAACUUGUUGAAUUAGUUGACCUUUUUCCAACAUUAGCAGAUAUUGUUAAUAUACCUAUUCCUCCAUUAUGUAGAUUUUAUAAAACAGUAUUAUGUUCUGAAGGUUUAACGUUUUAUCCCUUGAUAAAGCAUAUUGUGAAAGGUUCUGCGUCAGAAGAAUUUCCAUGGAAGACAGCUGCAUUCAGCCAAUACCCAAGACCAUCGAUAAGUCCUAGAAAUGAUAGUGAUCAACCUGAUUUAGAGGAUAUUAAAUAUAUGGGCUACUCAAUCAGAACUGCUCGUUUCCGAUAUACAGAAUGGGUUUCAUUUGAUUCAAAAAGAUUGAAACCUAACCGGACUCAAGUUGUUGCUAGAGAAUUAUAUGACCAUAAGGAAGAUCCAUUUGAAGCAAACGAUGUUUCUGACAAGCCUAUGUAUGAAAAUAUAAAGAAAGAACUAUCCAGGAAAAUCAAGAAAGGUUGGCGACAUGCCAUGCCACCUGGCUUAUUUGACAGUCCUGUUAAGAAAAAAGAAUAUUUGAGCUAAAACAAUAAAAUAACUUUCCAAAAGUAAGAUAGACUUACUUUUGGAAGAACUGAUAAUAUUAUCAGUUCCUGAUUAUCUGUUGAAUGGUUUUUAUAACUCAUUUUGAAUUUAGAAAUUAAAUCUGGGAAGAAUUUGCUGAAAAGUAAAUUUCAAGAUUUUUAUGUUUUGAUUUUUUUAUGUAUACCUUUUUUAAAAUGCUGAUUAUUCUUACACAUAAAAAUUUUUACAUUUUUAAGUACAUCAAAGCUUACUUUUAAUAAAAUAAUUGGACUGCUAGGAUUAUGAACUAAUUUAUUGGAAAAAAAAAGACUGGUUCAUAUGAAGAAUCUGUAGAAUCAAUUUUGAAAUAAAAACAGUUAAAGAAGAGAGAAUUUUGCAUUUCUUUCAUCAGAUAAAUGCAAAAUAUCUCUCAUUUAUUUAUAAUGUUAUAGUUAUUAGUUAACUAUAAAAUGAAAACUUAACUCAUUGCUUGAAGAUUUGCUUCAUAUGAUUGUGCCAUUCUUUUCUAACUGUGUUGUCUGUAUGCAUGUAUAUUGUUCUUUAAUUUUAUGUAUUUUUAUUGUUAAUUCUGAUACUUUUUUAUAUUAAAAGAGCUUAGUUUGUACUUUUGUUGAAAUCUUUCUUGAUGAUCUUUUCUGCUGAAAUAAAAUAUAGUUGAUAUCUUUAAUUAGUUAAAAUGCAGAAACAUUUUUGCUGAAUUUGAAAUCAAACCAAAAUAUGAUGUAAAUUCCUAUUAAAGAUAAUUUUCCAUUUAAGGCAUCAUAAAUGGAUCCAAAUGAUCUAAAAAUUACAGCAGCAUCAAUUAGUUCAAGAAUCAUACUUCGUACUUAAUGAAUUAUUACACUCUCUUGUAGACUGUUAAUAGAUGAAUAUAUUGGAAUGAUGAUUACUUGGAUAACAUAUCAUUAUUUAUUCAUGUAAUGAGAUGCAUGUAUCUAGAAUUUAAUUGCACUAUUUUUGUGUGAAUUUUAACUGUCUCUAUGAAUAAGUUGGCAUCAUAAAAGUUUAUGCGCAUAAGGUAUGUGUAACUGUGUUUUACUUCACAUACAUAUUUUGUGACAUCCAUAUUAUAUUGGAAUGUAAAUUAACACAUUGUUAUUUAUAUUUUCUCUUACUUUUCAUCCUAAUUUCAACAAGGUCAUCAUACAUAAGCUUUAUCUGCUUUGCAACUGUAGUGAUCCCUUUCUAAGAUGAUGGUUCCAGAUAGUUUUCAUCUUCUGGGGAAGUGGCCGUCUCAGAGAAGGAAUGUUGAUUACUUCUAUUUGUGUAUGUCUUAAAUAUUACAGGUCACUUUCAGAAUUGGUUAUCAUGAGAAGAUUUACUUGAUUUGUGCUGUGUAUAUUUUCUCACUAUACGUAUUUUGCAUUAAAAUAUUUGUAAUUAAUCAAGAAAAUUUUCAAUUUUAGUAAAAGCUCUCUCUUUGCAACGUUGUUCAUCCCAUCAACAAAGUCUGAUAAUUUCAUCAUUUUCAUUUAUCUUCUCAAUUUAGCCAUUUGAUUUGCUGGUGGGCUCUUAAGUUAUCAAUAGUGAAAUCAUGAUUAACUUUUUCAAUGCUUAGUUUCUUUAUUAAACAUAGGCUGUGAGAUGACCACUUAUGACAUAAACAUUCUGAGUUGAAUUAGUUUAAGUGUUUAGAUUUAUUGACUGCAUCUGAAGUAAUCUGAAAAUUAAAUUACAGAAGUUUGUGCAUUUGAUACAAAAAUAUUAAGUGAGUGUCAAUGAAACUUUUCAUUUUUAUUAAACAUUUAAAUCAAGCAUUAAAUUGCACUAUAACAAAGGAAAAGUUAAAAUAAUUAAAGGUGUGAACUAGUAAUCACAAAAAUACAGCAAAGCAUUAUAAGUUUACAAAAGCAUACAUGUAUAUAUUAAGACUGUAUAUAUAAAUAAAUAGUAAUAAAGUACAUAUAAAUAAAUAUGGAAUAAAGUUUGUACUUAAGAAAAGAGGUUUAAAGAACAGCUUUGAUGAACAUCUCAAAACUUUGUAUAUUUAACCCUCUGAUGAAGAAUUCAACAAAUUGCCAAAAACUGUUUCUGUCAGUUUUGUUUUAGGUAUGCAGGCAUCAUUAGUAUCAAAUUCCUGUAUCAAUUAGUAGUACAUAUUUGUGUGCAAAAGUAUGUAUAGUUUCAUAGCCUGCAGAGAAGGAAUUUUCAGAAUUCAUAUGAGAGGUAUUUUUAAAACUGCCAUAUGAAUUUAUAUCACUAAAAGAGGUAAUGAAAUUUGAGUAAAAGAGGUAAUGAAAUUUGAGUCUGCGAUAAUAAUUGAAGCCUUACUGAUGAAUAUUUCAAAUGAUUUAAGAUGCUUAUAUCCCAAGAUUUCUUUAAGAGGAGAAGGAAAACUUUUAUCAAAAUAGAUAAAGCAUGAAGAUUAUCAAGCAUUUUAAUUUAUUAAAAAAAAUAAUUUUAAACAAGGAAUUGCAGUGUGCACAUAUUUAAUUUUUUCAUUCAUUUUUAUUUAGCAUCAUUUAUAUCUUUUAAAUGUUUCAGGUAAAUUGUUUGGAAAUUUGGACCAUUUUUUAAAAUUCAUUUUCGAAUUUAAAAAUUUGUUAAUUCAUGACAAUUUUAUAGGGUUAAAAAAUGAUGGUUUUUAAUUCUAUGUAAGCCUGAAUAAGUACUUCUCUCCUGCAUUUUUCUAUUUAUAAAACUGCAAUGGAUUAUCUAAGAUUGCUUUGCCUUUUUAAAAAGGAUUAGGCUCUGUUAAGAUGUAAUUUAGAAAGGUGAAGUAAUAAAUAUGUUGUGUUUUUCAUUUUCAUGCAUAUGCUAUUAAUGCUUUGCAGUAACAGUGCCUGUAAGGUUGUGCUUUAUUUGUUCCUAUUUUCUGCUUAAUAUUUUAUUUCACUUUGUUUUAGUUUUAUUUAUUUAUUUAUUAGAUGUAAAAAUUUUAUAUAGUAUGGAUAAUUAUGCAGUAGUAAUUUCAUUCAAUUAAUUGUGCACAUUGCUAUAUUUAAAUGCAUUCAUACUCAGGUGUAUAUGUGCAGUUUGUCAGUUUAUUACAGACAGAUUUUCAAAUGGGAUAAAAUGUUAUGAAAUACACUUAAAAAAUGCUGAAGUGCAUGAGGAAUUUUAUAAAUAUCAGUGUUUUGAGACUAUUCAUUUUUUAUGUUAACGUAUAUGUUACUUUUAUAAAUAAUACUGUUAUAAAGAGUUAAGUUUUUAUUCGAUACAAUAUUUUCAGUUAAAUAAAUUUUAGUUACUAUAUUGUAUGUUUGUUGAUGAUUCUCUCUCUCAUUCAGUAUUUAUUUUCAAAAUUUAUUCACAAUAACUUUUCAAAAGUAUAAAAGAUAUGCUGCUAUAUUUUUAUGACUGCUGUAUGCACUGUUUAUCAAGUAAUUUAGAAUCUUACUCAGAUCAGACUAUGCCAUAUUCUGUACAUGCAAGAAUUUCUAAAUAAUAUAAUGCAGAAAGUAAUUUUA